UGGCAGCGUAUUUAUUUUCUUUAUCGCUACAAAAAUUUAUGUAACUUUGAGAUUAUUGUGCCUCAAUCUAGUACGCUCAAAACACUUUUAACUGUGCACAAACUAUCAAAUCUUUGGACAAAUCGAAUACAACAACAACGAAAUAGAAAACAACAUCAACGACAACAACCUGUAAGACCUUGAGCUUGCUAAUUCGCAGACGCAUAUAAUUCCAAUCAAAAGCCAACGAAGUCACAGUAAAUAUGUCAAUUAGACGUGGACUAGCCUCAGCCGCCAGCAAGAGCAAAGGCAAUGAGUGGCGCGAUUAUUUUCUCAGCACACACUUUUGGGGACCUGUUGCCAAUUGGGGUAUACCCAUAGCAGCCUUAGCUGAUACACAAAAGAGCCCCAAGUUCAUCUCGGGCAAAAUGACACUGGCUCUGACGCUCUAUUCGUGCAUCUUCAUGAGAUUCGCCUACAAGGUGCAGCCAAGGAACUGGCUGCUCUUUGCUUGCCAUGCCACCAAUGCCACCGCGCAGUCCAUACAGGGCAUGCGCUUCCUCAACUACACCUAUGGCGAAAAGGAAAAGUCAGCGUAAGCAGCGAGAGGCGUUCAACUAUAUCAGAUUACCUGCGUGACACUAAUUCAAUAUUUGCACAAGCAAAAUGAGGCUCAACCAAAAUAAUGACGAUGAUGACAUUUAAUGUUAUUUUCUUAACGCAGACACGCACAGCGUCAACAAAUUUGCAUACACUGCCAACAGUAAUUGCUGCACUUGUCGGCCACUUAAAAUUGGCUGGAAUCUCUACUAACUCUAAAAGCCUCAGAACUUAGUUGCGCGCUUCGCUUGUUUUCUAACCUUUCGACCCGUAGAAAAAGUAAACUUGGUGUUGUUAUUUAAAUCGGAGAACUAAUUUCCUUUUGGGCUGUUAAACGAAAUUUUAUGUAUAGUCAAAUUUUUUAAUAAACUAACACAGCUAAAA